GACCGUUCAAACCAAAACCGGAUAAGCUGUCUGCGUCAUGUCAUGGCUGGCAAUAGGCUUGAUCUUGAUUUCUUUUCUUGCAAAAGAGAGUUUGAUUUUCUUUGCAAGUAUCAUUCCUUCACUUUUUACUUUUAUUUACAUUUUCGAACGGUGUGAUCUGCGGCAUUUACAAAGUAGUAUAAUAUUUUGUCUGUAAAUUAUGAUUAAUGUGUAGAAAAGAGUUAUAGUUUCAUAAUGAACGACGGAGACUGGAUUUGUAGCGAUGCAAAUUGCGGAAAUAUCAAUUUCGCCCGCCGUGUAUCAUGCUAUCGUUGCAAUAAGGAAAGACCAGAUGGAGGGAAACCUUGUAAAAAGAAGCUAGGUACAGAGAUAGGAAAAUCAGCUGCAGAAAAAUCAAGAGGUUUAUUUAACGCCGAUGAUUGGCAAUGUAAUAAAUGCGCGAAUGUUAACUGGGCCCGGCGACAAACAUGUAAUGUUUGUAAUGCGCCGAAAUUUGGAGAAGUGGAAGCGCGCACCGGCUACGGCGGAGGUUACAAUGAGCGAGGCGUCGUCGAAUACCGGCGACGAGAGCCUUCUUCUGACGAUGAAUAUGAUGAGUUUGGAAGAAAGAAACGCAAGCGCAAAUCCGAUACACAAGAUAAGGUUGGCAUCACUGAAGGACCGGUAAACAAAAAGUUGCCACCCACUGUGCUGCAGAAGGAAAUUAAGAUGGAUCAUGUAUUGCAAGUGUCAGCAUCAAAUAAUUCAUUCCAUCAAAAUGGAGGAAGAGAAAAUGUUAAUGGUAGUCUUAGCGAUGGCUCAGUAUGUGAUCUGCCUCCUCUUAGUAAAGUUGCAUUUCGUAGGAAUCAAUUGCCAAAUCAAACAAGUUAUCUCAGACAGGAACCUAUGCAACUUGGAUUUAAGGCUAAUUUAAAUAAUCCUCGGAAGAGAAUGUCAAGUGUGGGUGAUAGAGAUUACACUGGAUCAUCAGGUUAUGAGACUGGAUCGAAGCAAAAUAAUGAAUCCCCUAUCAUUAAGUCAUACAAUCCAGUUAUGGAAAACAGAGUGUCAUCAACAAACAAUGACUUUGUUUAUAAGUUCACCGGGUCAACUCCUGCUGAAGAUUUUCAGGUCACAUAUACGGUAGAAGAAAGAGUCAGAGCGGCCGCAUUUGCUAUUGUGUAUAACAACUGCAAAAUUAGUACAACUAAAUUUGAAUCACUGUAUGACAAACCUGCACCCGAUUUCAAAACAAUUUUUGCUUGGCGGCAAAGACUCUUAUUAACAGGUUGUUUGGUAGACUCUCAUUUGGAGUUGCCUAAAUGUGAAUCUAAGAAUGAAAAAAUUGUCACUAAAAAUGCAAUUGUAACAAAUGAACUUGUAACCAGAAAGAAAAAUGUUCAAAUUCUGCCAAAUCCUGAUGAGAUUCUUAUUGGAAGUGACAGUGAUGAUGAUGUGACAAAAAAUUUAGAAAUUGUCAGUAAACCUCAGCGGGCAAGAAGUUUGAGUGUUGAAACUGUGCUUCUUAGUGGAGUGGAUACCGGGAGAAUGGGUGGAUCUAUAAGUACUGAAGAUAGGGAAUCUCAAGCUAGAAGUCAUUCUGCUUCCACUCAUCAAAGAAAUCGUUCUAGUUCUUGUGAUAGCCAAGAUUCAAAUUAUCCUGACACAGAUUCUGAAAACAUGGGCUCCAAAAGUGUAAAAAGCAGAUCCAGAAAAAUGAAACAAGUGAAACCUUCCAUUCAAGAGUCUGAUUCAGACUCUAUUUCAUAUAAUAGUGAUGAUGGAGACUUUUUAUCAAGAGUAUAUGAAGAUGGCCGAAAAAUUAGACACAAAGUCAAGAGGGACUCAACAAUUACAAAAGUGAAUAAUUAUGUACCAAAUGAAAUCAACAGAGUUUUUUCAGGAUACAGUACAGUGAAGCCAUCGGAACAAUCUCCAUUAGUUACUGGUAAUAUUUACACACCUAUUUUACAUAACAUGAAUGUUAAAAUGCCAAAUAGCAUUGUAUUGGACACCGAUGGUUGCUCAAGUGAAUAUGUGCCCACUAGGUUAGGCUCUACAGCUAAACGUAAUUAUCAAGAGUUCAAAGACAAUGUUAAAAAGAAAGGGUACUGGGCCAAAGGAAAUUGUACAUCUAUUGGAAAUAAUAAAACCUCAACAAUAACCUCAGUUGCACUUUCAACAGCCAGAAAUGUACAAAAACCUAUAGAAGAGAAAUUUUACACAGAAUCUGUCAAUUAUGUUACAACUCAAAGUAAUAAUCGAGUAGAGGAUUUCACGAAAGAUGAAUUUGAUAAUUUUUCAUCAACAAACCACUACACACCUUUUGAUAAGCCAAUAAGUUCUGUGCCUAAAUUAGACAUACCAACUGAGAAUACUGCGCGAAUUUUCGAUCUUGUACAAUCUAAUUCUGCAUCAAAAAAUCGAAGCAUUAUGGAUAUUUUUAAUACAGGUGAUCAAACAAAUAGUCCAGAAAGAGAUGAUUUGGAGAAAUAUGCUAAUGUUCAUAAAAUGUAUGAGACUGAGUGGGAUGAAGAUGAUGAUGCUCUCUACAAUAAUACUGAUUCUGUUGACGCACAUUCUACUAAAGCUCGGACACCUUCGCCACCAAGUAUUGGCUCUAUAGCAGUUCACAGUCCCAUGUCUAAAAUGCUGUAUGUCUCAGAUGUAGAUCAGCCGGCAAAAGCGCAGAGUAUUGGAAGUUUAAAUAAUUCAAAUUUAGAUUUCAUCACAGAUAAGCGUGACAUCUUGUUGGAUUUGUUCAAAGAUAUCCAAAAAGGCAAGGAACAUGUAGAUAUAAAUAACAUACAAAAGCAAACAUUAUUGAAAGAACAUGAUAAAAGUAAAGACUGCAGUACAUUCAACCAACAAUCACAAGUACUACCCAAUCAUAUGAAAGUAUUGAAGAUGGAUCCAAAACCAGUGAUAUUAACAAAUGAAGUAAUAAAAAUACCACCUGAAGUAAAUAAAGCAUCAACACAAGAGUUAACAAAAACAAUAAGUCCAUCAAAACGUGUGAAAGUGUUAGAAUCGAUUACAAUACAGCCAAAUACUCAACAAAAACCUCCUGCUAAUAUUAAUAUUUGUAACCCCGACCUAAACAGUUCGGAAGAAACAUUUCAUGACACAGCUGUAUUUAAUAAAUCUCAAACACAAGACUCACCUGCACCUGCUAAAAUUGUAAAUGAACCACAAACUCUUACGCCUAUUGAUCCACAAUUAGGUCAAGUAGACUUUACUAAUAUUCUGUCUAACAUAAAUACUAAUACAUUGCUUAUGGCGCUUCAAAAUUUGCAAAAUAUACAAACUUCUAGUAUCAGUAAACAAAACGAAGCUGCCCCAGAGCAAAGCAACUUAGGUGAUCAGAAUGUAGAAACUAUUAACUUGACUAAUGAUGAGGAAUGGGAAAAAGAAUCAAAUAGGGAUGGUAGUAUAGAGAGACAAUUGGAAAAAUUAGAUGGUAGUACAGGAGACACACCUUUUUUAAGUGAUAUUUUCGACCCCGGACCAGUCGGUAUGACUAAAAAGUUAAAUAUAAGUUUAAAUUUACUUGAUGGUGAUAAGUCUCAAGAACAAACUCUCGGUGAUGAAGAUGCACCAGUGAUAGGAAAUUUUAAGAGUUUCGCACUUCCCAAACCGAUAUUGUUGAAUAGGUUAAAAUUGGCUGUUAAACCCUCUGAGAAAUAUAUUAAAAAAUCUAUUGAGGGAAAGAAAAAACGACGGAAAAAGGGCAAGGCGAGCGGGUCACAGGACGAGGGCGCGGGGCAGGACGACGAAGAGGAAUCCGGAGACGAGGCGGAUCUUUCUAAGUAUGAUCUUUGGGGCAGUGAUGGGGAACAGGGCAACUCUACCAACUUGGAAAAUUCAGAAAAAACCAAAGAAGACGAAAGUCCCAAGGAGGGAUCGGAGCAGAUGGAAAAAAACGGGAAAACUAGCACACCUGAUGUAAAAAGUAGUAGUAGCAAGAGAAGGUCUCGCAGUUCCUCAUCAUCAUCAAGUUCAACUUCGAGUUCCAGUUCUAGUCAUAGUUCCACAGAGCCUAAAAAUAAAUUCGACGAUUUCAACUUGAACAGCGAGCGCGAGGGGUCUCCGCGGCGGAGGAAGUCGCGCACGCGCUCCCGCUCGCCGCGCGCGCGCCCCGCCGCCGCGCCCGCGCGCCGCAAAUCCCGCGACAGCAGGUCCGCCGGCGAGACCAGUAUCCUCUUUCAGAAGCCAUGAGUCGUCGCGAGAUAGCGAGCGGUCGCGGGAGAAGGGCAGGGAGAGGGAGC